AUGGUCAAGCAACCAGAAGACCAGGCGAAACCUGCUAGCAAGUCACGGCAGCAGACCAAAAAGAGGUCUCGAAGUACGAAAGCGUCUCAAGGCUCCAAGGCAGGAUCGAGCAGCGCCGAUAACCAGACAAAUACACUCGAGACGAAUUCUCAACCCGAAACAAGACCCAUUUCCCAAGAGCAAUUUGUAGAAGAGGUUGGAAGUUUCCUCGAUGGAUUCAUUAUAGUUGAAGAUCAACAUAUUCAGGUCGAUAAUAGAUCCAUUCUCGCACAAUGGGUUUUCGUGAACGACGAUACUGGAUUAGAAGCCCAAGGACAGGUUAUUCAGGGUAUCGUGGAUCGUCCUGUCUCCGCAAAUGACAUAUACGAUCCUAGCACCGAUCUUAUUGGCAUCGGCACUCUGUUCUCUGAACCCGACUACUCUAAUGGCAACGUCGUUACGUAUGAUCAGAGAUCGUAUAGUGACCCAGCUACGACCACUUCCGCCGAACCCACCACAGUUGAAUAUUUACCGGUCACAACUCAAUGGGAGCUUGCGGAAUGGACAUAUGAGAACCCCUAUGAAGGGAUCGCCUUUUCCGAACGUAUUCAAAGAUACAACUAUGAUCUUUAG